AUGGUUGUCGUCUAUCGCCUGGGCAACCACAUCCCCAUUCCAGGCACGCAGACCCUGGUCUUAGAUGGCACCGGCAUGGCCGAGCGGUUUGCUGCUCUGCUGGGAAGCGACACGCCGGCCAACAUCUUCAUCCUGAGCGUCGGUCCGCUCAUGAACGCCCACCUGGUAAUGGGGGCGCUCCAGCUCCUGACCCCGGUGAAACAGCACUUUGCCAUGCUCCACCAGCAGGGCCAGGAGCAUGUGGUCCAGAGCUACACCACCACCCUGUUCUUCAUCUCGGCGUUCCUGCAGGUGCACUAG